GGGUCGGGAGUUGGGGGGGGGGGGGGGGGGCAGCGAUGACGCAGGUGAUCUAAAACGCCACGUGGCCUUUACACAUCAGUCGCUUUUUCACGAAUACUGGCCCUUAGUUCCGAGCAGCGACGUAAAUACAACCCACCGAAGACGUCACUUCCCCGAGUACGUUCGAUGGACAGUCCAAAAUACCUAUAAACACCAGACUGUGCAUGCUAACAACAUGUGAUUCCUGGAAAACAUGACCGGCACUAAUGCACGCUGUUUAUAAGUUGGCCAUCAACAUGCAGUGAUGAUCAGGGGGCCACGGGCGCUCCGCCACCGUACCCAGUAGCGGGGUGACUGCCGCGCUGAGAGCCGCCGUCUCCGGACAGCACAGAACACAGCGGAUACCAUGAGAGCGGAGGUGUGCCUCAGUCUGGCUCUGGUGACGGCCGUGGCGGCGUCCGUACCGGCCGGGUACUACCAGCAGUACUGGUGGACGGCCGCCCAGCGACCCGGACCCUACUGGGAAGGAGACAGACUGCCCACAUCCGACCGCUCCUCCGAGACGGAGCGUCUCUGGCGGCCUGACCACGAGCCGCGCGGAGGACAGACCCGGCACCGCCACCUGACCCACGGCCAGGCGGCUGCCCUCGGAGGGUACCUCUCCUCCCGGCGCCUGGCAGACACCCACAGUCCGCGGUACGACUCACAGGGACGGCAGAGCGGCGAGCGCGGGCUCGAGGGAUGGUAUGCCACACACGGACGGCAGCGGCAGAGGGACGACAGCAGAGAGGACACCCGGACACUAGUCAGGACGCAGGACAGGGGAGACGAUAGAUGGAAUCAGCGUGAAAGCCAGGACAGCAGAGAACACACCUGGAACCAGGGUAGAACGCAGGAUAGCAGGGAGGACACUCGGAACCAGGGUAGAACGCAGGACAGCGGAGAGGACAGAUGGAGCCAGGGUCGAAAGCAGGACACCAGAUAUUACAGUUGGAAGCAUGGUAGAGCCGAAAACAGCGGUGAAGACACCAGGACCCCGGACAGAAUGCAGGACAGCACAGAAGACACCAGGACCCGAGGUAGGGCACAGUACGAUAGAGAAAGCAUCUGGAGCCAGGGUAGAACACAAGACAGCAGGGAAGACCCUCGGAACCGAUCGCAGGAGAGCAGGGAGGACCCUCAGAACCAAGAUAGAUCGCAGGACGGCAGGGAGGACACUCAGAAUCAGAAUAUAUCGCAGGACAGCAAGGAAGAUACUCGGAACCAGGAUAGAACGCGGGACAGCAGGGAAGACACUCGGAACCAGGAUAGAACGCAGGACAGCAGAGAAGAAGCUGGCGCUGACGGCGUAGGUCAAAACAGCGCCAGCGUGGAGCAGCACACCUCUACCGACCGCGGACCAUACGGUGGACGGUACGGCGGACAGACCCGGUACGGAGGCGGUCAGCUCGGCCCGGAGCGCCGCGGUACGGCCGCCACGCGGGACGACCUCCGCGCCAGACAGGCGCCCUGGUGGAGCGAUCGCCUUGUGUCGGCUCGCCAGGACCGGCGGUGGGACGCGCCGCGGGACUACCCGCCGGGCGCCCGCUACUUCGGCAGGCGGGGUAACUAUGACGACGGUCAGAGCGAGGAGGACCGGCGGCCCGGCGGCCGGUGGGCGGCGCGGGACAACUCGGACGAGGACAGCGACGAGCGCCGUCACUACUGGCUCGGCUGAGACGGCCGCUCUGUGUGAACUGGCGGAGGGGCCCUGGAGCCCGUGGAGGUCGACCUGCGACUGGGCUAGACCGAGUGCUCUGAUAACCUUGUAACUUUUCUGGGGGAUGCAAUCGUUCUAAGAAUAAAAAUAUAGUUAGUCGCACCACUCCCACCCAUUAUACCAUGCAUUAACUGUGUAUACUUUAAAUAAUUACAUUCAUGCAUAAAAAACUUAUUUCAGUUUACAAGCCAGGUGUUUUGGUCUUUUGGUUAUGCGGAAAUACAUUGUUACUCGGGAAAUUGCAGUAAAAAAUAACAUGAUAAA